UUCGCACUUUUUUUCCCAAACGUAGUCUCACCUUCAAAUUCCCUCCACUUCACUCCCUCCUCUCUCUCUCUCUCUCAGUCUUCCAUGGAUCCUUUGUCAGCGCUGCGAGACUACACCAUUCGAGGAGACUUAGACAAAAUCCACCGAGUCGGAGACGAAUUCCGAUUCUCAACUCACUACUCUUUCCCCUGUAAAUCCGAAACUGCUUAUCGUUCUAAGCAAGGUAAUCUCUACACUCUCGAAACCCUAGUUUUCUUCAUAAAAAAUCGCCAUAUCAAGCAACCUGAGUACAUAAAAAAUUCCACCAAUCAAGGGAUUCCUCCUGUCACCUACGUCGAUCGGAAACCUCUGCUUGAUUAUCUUGAAGGCCGGGUUUCGUCGUCUGAAGCUAUUGAAUUUGUUCUUCCGACUGCUACCGAUGUCGAGGAGUAUCGGCCCGAUGAUCCCCAGUUCUUUUCCUCGCUUCCGAACAAUAAUGGGGUGAGUAAUUUGGGAAUUGAGGAUGAUUCUGAAAUUAGGGUUUCGGAGGAAGGGGGUGGGGGUGGUGGUGAGGGUGUUGAUUUGAUGGGGUUGAUUAGGGCGAGUGAGAAGCCGCUUCGGGAUCGAAACGCUGUGUUGCAGGUUCGUAACCGCGAUUUUUAUGGAAUUUAUGUUGGGGCGUUGAGGAGGGAGCAGGAAAAGCCACAGCAGAGGAAGGAGGCGAAUGUGGGUGGGAAUAAAGGGCGGCCUUUAGGUGGGGAGAAGGAUGAAGGGUUUCAUUCGGGGCCGAAAGCGAAGAUGCUUAAAGGUGGGGGUAAGAUUGGAGAAGGGGUGCCAAUUAUUUUGGUGCCUAGUGCUUCUACUACUUUGAUUACUAUUUAUAAUGUGAAGGAGUUUUUGGAGGAUGGUGUUUUUAUACCUACUGAUGUUAAGUUGAAGCAGAUGAAGGGGCCGAAGCCUGAAUGUGUGACGGUUCAGAAGAAGUUUAGUAGGGAUAAGGAUAAGGUCAUGACUGCUUAUGAGGUUAGGGAUAAACCCUCAACUUUGAAGGCCGAUGAUUGGGACCGUGUUGUGGCAGUUUUUGUGCUUGGGAAAGAAUGGCAGUUCAAAGAUUGGCCCUUCAAAGACCAUGUUGAGAUAUUUAAUAAGAUCAUUGGUUUCUACAUGCGAUUUGAGGAUGAUAGUAUAGAAUCUGCAAAGGUUGUGAAACAAUGGAAUGUAAAAAUAAUCUCGAUCAGCAAAAACAAACGACAUCAGGAUAGGGCAGCAGCUCUUGAAGUAUGGGGCAAGUUAGAAGAAUUUGUAGCACGAUCACGCUCUUGAGGCUAUCUUAUAUGAAAAUUCUUGAGGCUGCUUGACAGCAUUUGUUAGAUCCUUGUGGUUAGAGAGGAUGGCAUUUGGAGAUUGGUGGGAAUGGUGGAUCAGAGGUUACUUGCCUCAGGCUUUCUUUUUAGGGUAGGUGAGUGGUGCACCUGUGCGGUGAUUUCCUCAUGACAGGGGUUGCGGCAGGGGAACUUUCUGUCUUUUUCUUUUUGCCAUUGUAGCUGAAGUGCUGGAUAAAUUGUUUUAAGCGGGGAGUGUCUUGAGGACUAAUGGAAGAUUUUAGGUGGGAAGAAGAAAGUCCAGGUGUCCCAUUUUCAGUGGUAAUGUUUUGUUUUAGCUGCAGAUAUAGAAAGUUUAUGAAGAGGGUGCUCACAAUUUUGCAGAUCAUCAAGUUGAUUUCAGGGUUAAAGAUAAACUAUUCUUAGUUUGUCCUAGCUAUUCUGGAGUUUGCUGCUUUACUGUGGUGUGAAAUCCAGACUUAAUCAGUUAUUUGGUGUGCCUCUUGGAAGCAAUCCUUUUUUGAAGGCUUUCGGGAACCUUUGGAUACAAAAAUUAUAAUAGUAUUGGAUGUUUUUAAAGGUUUUCGGAGAGAGACCUUCCUUGAGGAAAUAGCCUGCUUUGCAUUUCUCUUUACUAGCUCUCACCUUUUAAGAAUUCAGUUGAGGUUAUGAAUAGUAUCGAGAAACUUUUAAAGUGGUGAGCAAAGAGACAAUCUUGUGCUGUUUUGGUGUGUCUUACCUCUGAAGGAGGAGGUUUAGGUUCUAAAAAUAUAGCUCUUGAAGGCAAGUGGUUGUGAUAUCGUGUUAUCAAGAGCAAGUAUUUGUUACUUUAUAAUGGGUGAGAUCUCCUCGGGCUGAUCAUAUCUUCUCAUUUGUCAGAUUUAAAAUUGGGAUUGUCCUGAUUAUACGCUAUUGGGAAGGUGUUUGGAGUGCGGAGCAACUAUUUUGUGUAUGUUCUUGAUUAUAUAAUUUUGUGCACACUAUAUGUUGGCAGUGUUUGGAAUUUCACUUACAAGGGCAUCUUAAUUAGAGAGCAAUUGAUGAUCGCACUGUAAUUGUAUUGUAACCAAUUGAUCAUAAAAUUAAGCUGGAACGUUUGGAAUAAUAGUGUGAAGAUUAUGUGCUGCUGCAGCCUACCUUUGCUCUUCUUGAUGGUUGAAGUCUGACUUAUGCAGGAAUCCGGCUAAUAAUAGCUUUUGUUUGGUUGAUGUUGAGAACCAAUGAAGAACCUCAACUGUACAGAUUAUGUGACACACCAGCAUUUGCUAGUUGAUUGUAGCACUCAGAUGACUAUGAUGAGUUUUGAGAAAUGUAUGAAGGCAUGGUAUCGACAACAGUGGGUUGGUGAAACAAUACCUAUUGUUAUUCUUGGUGGUCCUAUCUAUUGAGUUUACCUUGAAAUGUGUAUGUGUAUUUUGGCCCAAGGAAUUGUACUGGGUUAUCUAGAGCUCUCCAUGUUCAAUGUCA